AUGGCUGCCAGUGGAGAGGUAGGGAAGCUGUUACAAGUACAAAAUGGGACACCUCCGAGCACCAACUACAACGGGGUAGAUGCUGUUCAUGCCUGUAACAUCCUUCAGCAGCUCAAAGCCUUGUAUGAUGAAGCACAGCUCACAGACAUCGUUGUAGAAGUGGACCAUGGCAAGACAUUCUCAUGUCAUCGAAAUGUCCUUGCAGCAAUCAGCCCGUAUUUUAGGUCCAUGUUCACCAGUGGCCUUACAGAGAGCAGCCAGCGUGAGGUCAGAAUUGUUGGGGUGGAAUCUGAAUCCAUGCACCUCGUCUUAGACUAUGCCUACACAUCCAGGGUCACGCUCUCUGAGUCCAAUGUCCAGGCCCUGUUCACUGCAGCCAGCAUUUUCCAGAUUCCUGCCUUGCAGGACCAGUGUGCCCAGUUCAUGAUCAGCAGACUUGACCCCCAGAACUGUAUUGGGGUCUACAUGUUUGCUGAUGCCUAUGGACACCAGGAACUGAGGGAGCGCUCUCAGGACUAUAUCCGCAAGAAGUUCUUGUGUGUGUCAUGGGAGCAAGAGUUCCUCCAGAUGACCAAGGAGCAGCUUGUCAGCAUUUUGAACAAUGAUGACCUCAACGUGGAGAAAGAAGAGCAUGUCUAUGAAAGCAUUGUCCGCUGGCUGGAGCAUGAUCUGGCCGGUCGUGAGGCCCACCUAGCUGAGGUUUUUUCUCAAUGCAUCCGUCUGCCCUUGCUGGAUGAGGCAUUCCUCAGUCGGAUACCUGCCCCCUUCGCUUGUGCCCUUUCCCUGUCUAAGGACCCUGUUGAGGCCAAAGCCCGCCUCACUGGCACCAAUGGUUGCCCGCAACGCCUGGGUAUGACUGCUUCUGAGAUGGUCAUCUGCUUUGACGCCGCUCACAAACACUCAGGGAAGAAGCAGACGGUGCCUUGCCUGGACACAGCGACAGGAAGGGUGUUCAAGCUCUGCAAACCACCCAAUGAUCUCCGAGAGGUCGGCAUCUUGGUUUCCUCGGAGAAUGACAUCUACAUUGCCGGUGGUUACAGACCGAGCAACAGUGAGGUGUCCAUAGACCAUCGGGCAGAGAGCGACUUCUGGCAGUACGAACACGCAGGCAAUCGAUGGCUUCCACGUGCACCUCUGCUGAGAGCGAGGAUAGGCUGCAGGCUUGUGCACUGCUGUGGGAAGCUUUAUGCACUAGGGGGCAGAGUAUAUGAAGGCGAUGGGAGGAAUGCAUUAAAGUCAGUAGAGUGCUAUGAUGCCAGGGACAACUGUUGGACAGCAGUCAGUCCUAUGCCAGUGGCCAUGGAGUUUCACAGUGCUGUGGAGUACAGGGAUCGCAUCUAUGUCCUCCAAGGCGAGUAUUUCUUCUGCUUCGAUCCCCGUAAGGACUAUUGGAGUCACCUAGCCCCGAUGAGUGUCCCCCGUAGCCAGGGUCUGGCUGCCUUGUAUAAAAACUGCAUCUACUACAUAGCUGGCAUCUGCAGAAACCACCAGCGCACCUUCACUGUGGAGGUCUACGACAUUGAGAAGAACACGUGGAGCCGCAAGAGAGAUCUGCCCUUUGACCAAGCCACAAGCCCGUACAUAAAGGCCAUGCUGCUGCAGGGCAAGCUCCACCUGUUUGUACGAGCCACACAGGUCAUGGUGGAGGAGCACGUGUUUCGUACCAGCCGCAAGAACUCCCUUUACCAGUACGACGACGAUGCAGACAUAUGGACCAAAGUCUACGAGACACCUGACCGCCUCUGGGAUUUAGGUCGCCAUUUUGAAUGUGUGGUGGCCAAACUUUACCCACAGUGUCUACAGAAAGUGCUUUGAGAUAGCUGGUUUUGUGAACCCAAUCUAUGAGGCAGAGAGGAGUAGUGUGGUCCUGCCUGCCUUGUGCCUGGUGUUACCUUGGGUGUGCGCCAUAAGGACCAUCUUUGGUUAAGUCUUAAGUCGUUCAAGCUUUGGUUUAACAUGAUCAAAAUGGGGGUGCUUUUAAAGAUUGCAGUAUUUUUUUUUUUUUUCCCAGACGGCACCAGCUACCCACACUGAUGCUUGUUUAACAGAACCGUACAAUGAAUCAUAAGUGCAAUUAUCCUAUUUUUUGCUUGUUGUUGAGCCAUGUUCUAUUUUUGUUUUAGAUACUUAUUAUAGGUAAGGAUUUUUACAGAUGAUAAGCAUGCGAAUGAGGGUGUUGGCAAGAUAGAAGUGCCCUCUUGAGAUAUGGAUGUUACGUGUCAGCGUGGAUAUAUAUAUAUAUAUAUAUAUAUAUAUAUAUAUAUAUAAUAUAAUAGAUAUAUAUAUUAUAAAUAACUAUAGAAACUAUAUAUUCAUACGGGUAAUAUGAGUACCAUAGCUCAUUAGUAGGUUGCUGGCUCUGAGGUUUGUGUGUUUUUUUUUUUUUCAUUCAUUUUUUUUUUUCUGUGUUCUUUUUGGCUCAUUUUAUAGAGGAGUUCUAAUUUGAAGUGUGCUUGUGAUUUACAUUACCUUAGUGUUUUUGAAGCUUGAAGCUUGUAUGAUAUUUUUAUGGCCCUCUCUUCCUUCACAUGCGUCAGUGUGUCAAACAAUACACUAUGUGUGGCUUCCGAGCUAUUUUUAAGUUUUGUUUGAGAUUCCAGUUGCGUGGCUGGGGGGGGGCUCGUGCCUCUGACUCGUUUGAGUUGGCGUCCAUUUUGUGUCACAUGCGCAGACAACUUAAGUGAAAUGUUUAAAAGAGUACUCACUCUCCACAUUGGAGAAAUAAGGACGGAGUCAAAUUUGUGGCAACACUAAGUGGAAAGUUCAGACCAACUAACAGGCUUACCUCAGAAACUUCAGAUAUGUUUGAUUAGGCGAAAAGGGACAUUUCAGGCCAUCGUGUUGAUUAAGCAACUGUGUGAAAAGCUCAGCGUCGAGCUCUGUUGAGGUUGUUUUUCGAUCGGAUGAUAAUUAUUUGAAAAAAGGUUGAAAGAGCCUUCCUCUUAAAUGCCAAAAAAAAGAAAAGCAUUUGAGGUCUUGUUAGAGUUGAUCUGGACAUUGAAAAUAAUUUUGUGGUAGCAAUAAGUCAUGGAACUGUGAUUAGGCUAUAUUACGUUAUAUUACCUUAGUAAAAGUGCAUUAAUUGUUUCGUGUGCUUGUCUCUGCUAGUGAGAAUCACGGUAGUUCCAAUAAUGAUUGUGUGGCUGUUGCAUUGGUGCAGGCUUGAAGUGAUGCGUAAUUUAGUGCAGAUCAUUUGGGAUGCCAAUGUGCCUGUGUCUUGAAAAGGGGCAUCAGAAUCAAAAACUGUUUCUCCUGAUGAAGAAUAUCUGAAAAGUCUUACUCAGCGUUGCACUGAAUCACUCUCCACUUCAGUGGUCCUUAGCUGCACACUUUACGAAGCACCCUCCUGAACAAGCAGACUAUAAACAAGUGAGGGUGGCCCAGGCUGUGUGCUAAUUCAUCUAACAGCCAUGAAUCCGUCUUUUCACGCCAUCACACAGAGGACACAAAUUGUUGGUGCUGCUUUUUUUUUUUUUUUUCCUUUUUCUUUUUUUUUGACAAUCUUGUAUAGAAGAAUUAAUACCACCACUGAGUGGCGUUCCCUGUGAAAGUGUGACAUUUUCAGUGCCGUCGAUUUCCUCAUGCAGGUUCCUGUGUCAUCUUUGCACUACACAUUUCCUUUUAUCUCAACAAAGAGUGUCCCUCUACUAUGAGAAGAAAAAAAGUUUUAGUAACCACACAGCAAUCAAUCAUCAAAGAGAUGUUCAUGGAAAACUAAUACCAGAAGAGUCCGAUUCAGUAAGGACAUGAGGAUAUAACUUCUCCAAGAGAAGAUCCACUGUUGACUGAUUUUUAACUAACCCAGCUUAAACAAUGCCCUCAAAACAGCCCUCAUCAAGUGUGAGGGAAGGUUUGAGCUUCAUCCACAUGUCUACAGACGGCCAUUUGAGAACCAGGAACGGAGAACUCUCAGGAUUUCUACUGAUACACAGUACUGUAUUUAAAUGUUUUUGUUAUGUGUAAUAUACUGUACUAUAGGUUUGCUGUACUUGCACAGUUUUUUAAACUUCUCUUCAGUUUCUUUUAUAACUUGAAAAAAAAAUAGAUGUGAUUUUCUUUUUGUCUCCAGUGGCUGUUUUUCUUUUUGUUUUCUUUUUCUUUAUGUAAUUACCUAUUUAGUUAUGGUAGAGUAAUCUCUGUGCUCUGUUGAGGAAAAAAAAAAAAGAUUACCUGCACGAGUGAUACAUUUUGAUUUUUUUUUCCCCCCCUUCCCUUCUGUUGUACAGUAAUAUUUCUUUUUAACAUCUCACUGAAACUAAGCAUUACAGAUCAAGUAACUACAUUGUUACGUCUCGUUUUCAAACACCAGUCAUACAAUACAACAAGCUAAAGAAAAAGAAUUACUGCUCUCUAUGUUAAAGCAUUGGUGGCCGUUGUGCUGCAAUACAUAAGUCAUCCGUUCAUCUACAUGCAUCGCUUAUGGGUGCUAUUCCAUUGUGUUCUACAUGCAUUUUCCUCUUUUUUUAUUUCGCUGGUUUGUCUGUUUUGGGUUAUAGUGGUGGUUGAGCUCAACUGUGAAAUUCACAUUGCACAUCAUUUGAAAAUAAAACUAUUAAAGGUGAAAA